AUGUCAGAAGUGUGGACUCGUUUCACUGUGACCAAAAAUGAUGCUAGGCCGACGUUCAGCGCACCAGCGCUCCGCAGGACACCUCAACUGAGCCCGCGGCUGCACCUCGGGGACGCCGGCCUUCCUGCAUCGCCGCCACUCAUACCUCCAGACGCCGAGAUUCUCCUUCACCCUCACCUUCCAGGCGUCAGCCACCUUCUCCAGCGUCCUCCUAUGCCUCAGCUCUCUCCUCCGCUCCAGCUACGGAGAAAUGGGCCGUGUCAAAGUUACGCCAAGUGCUCUCAACAUCCUCGUUCCUCACCAUCUGAACAAGGCGGAGCUCCAGCUAUGGAGAAAUGGACCGUGCCAAAGUUACGCCAAGCGCUCUCAAACGCCGGCAUUCUCGAUCCUCACCGUCUGAACAAGGCGGAGCUACAGGCCCUCUACGCUUCGCUCCAGGCGGGGGCGCCACUUCCAAUCCCCACUCCUCCGUCCAAAGCUAAGGACAAAACAAACCAGGGCCGCAGUGCUCCUUAUUCACGGCCUGAUCCAACUACCACGCCAUCAAGGAUGAGCCUCCGACCAUCAGGCCGCAGCAGAAGGCCUUCUCCAGGCGGGGGCGCCACUUCCAAUCUCCACUCCUCCGUCUAA